AUGACCGAUCCACAGGGACCCGAAGAGGUUUCCUCGCCUAAAACCCAAGAAUCAAUCACAUUAGUCCCUUCCCAAAUCUUGGCUUCCCCGCUCUUUUCUAAAGACACUUGGCACACUCAUAUUGAAUAUCUGAGCCAAUAUGGCGAUGAGCUAGUCAAUGAUACUCAAGAUCGCGAAACCUUUAAAAGUGUUGGAAAGAACAAAACCAUAGAAGAGAUUAUAGUUCUUUGCCAUAAUAUCCACAUGCUCUAUGAGAGUGAUUUGUUACACAUCCUCCAAGACCUCGAGCGCCCACUAGACCAACUCAAUGAUUACAGUAUCGCCCCUACCGUUACCCUUGACCGUUUGAGAUCGACCUUGACUGAGUUACGUAGCUUAGAGAAUAAGUCCAGAGAUUUAGUUUUGAAUUUGACUAACUUUUGUCAUGCGGAAAACGUGGCUGGCAGUUUGGUAACCGACUUUCUCGCAUCAAUUGAACGCAAUGUGCUCUCGGCUAUAAUAAAAUAUUGGAUGAAAAGUUGUCGAGAAAUCAUUGGCAAUCUUGAAGAGACUAUUGCGUCUACGUCCUUGACCAUUCCAAAUCCUAUCCCCCGAGGUCCCAUUUCCUUGAAUCCUACGCAAAUCUGUCCUCCCCCCAUUAAUCCCCCGAUACCCUCUCCACCUGUAGUUCCUCAACUUCCUCAAGUCAAUACCUCCUCGACCAAACCCUUAGCCUUUGAACUUUCAAAAGCGAAAAUUCCUCGAUUCAGUGGUAGAAAGGAAGAAUUCCCCAUGUUUUUUGCCCUCUUGAAUGAAGUCAUCAAUUAUAAUAAGGAAUACCCAGAAACAGCGCUUAUCGCUUUCGUUGUUUCGAAUCUCAGUGGUGAGCCGUUGAAUAGUAUCCAGUCAGUUCCCGUCCGACAAGGUAGUCUAGCUAUCAUCUUGAAAUCACUGGAAGAUCGUUACGGUGAUUCAGAUGAGCAAAUUCAUAGAUUGAUGAAAAUUUUGAAAGAUAAAAGACUGUCCGUCCCCCGAGAUCAUAAAGAACUUACGGCUUGGUACUACCAACUCCGUGAUCUCAGUGCAUGUAUCCUGAAAUCUGCAUCUGAGGCCCAAGAAAGCUUGUUCCUGUCUUGUCUCUUUGAUUCCCUCCCGUACAAAAUCCAUGAAGCUAUCGUUGCGACCUUUGAUCGAUCCUCCUUGUCCCCAACAGUGGAGAACGUGAUUAAUGAGUUAGGAGUAAUUGUUAGAACCCGCGACAAAUUACAGUUCCGAGCUGAAGACGCAUCCGAUCGUCGAGAAGCCCGCAAUCUCUUCAAGUCUUCGAACUUUGAUUCCCGUCCCUUCCCCCCUUCACAGAAUGCCCAGUCCCGGGAUUCGUGUGUAUUUUGUUUCCGAAACCAUCGUUCUGAGGACUGUCGUACUGUGUCCGAAGUUUCCCAGCGGCAGCGAGUCAUUAGGCAGAAAGGGUUGUGUCUUCGUUGCCUUAGGUCUAAUCACUCGGAAGCGGCAUGCCGAUUCCCCAGAUGUUCGUGUUGCCAAAAGAAUCAUCAUGUAUCGGUGUGUUAUCAGAAAUUCCCCUCACAGAAUCAGUCUAUGUCCACUACCAAUAAUUCCACGAGUAAUCGUUUCUCCCCAAACUCCUCAUCCUUCCCUAAUCGAUCCAACCAGAGAUCCUCUUUCCCUAAUAAUAGUACUAAUAGUGCUCGGAAUCCGGCGCAGACUCAUUUUCCUCCAAUACCGGUACCACCCACUCAGAAUUCCCCAACUCCCGCUAUACAGAUUAGAGGCGUUAUCCUUGACCAGUACGAGAAUUUGAUGUCUCCUAAGAUCUUUCUCGACCAUCAUCUUGAUCCAAUUAGAGCCUUUAUCGAUACUGGUUCCGAUGCCACCUUCGUAGAAUACUCUCUUUGUGCCAGAAUUCGUCUUCCCCUUGGUCCUGUCAUUCCCCGAACCGUAGUUCCCGUAGGUGGAGUCAAAACUGUGAUUGAAACUCGUGAGGUAACCGUACCCCUAAAAUCCAAGAAUGGGCCAAUUGUAAGCUUCAGAGCUCUUGCGGUUCCCGACCUCCACCAGUUCUUUACUGGUACUCCUUCCCCUCCCGAUAAGUCCCCUAUCCUCUUCGUUUUCGGUCAGGACUCUUUCUCUGAACUUGAAAUUGAAAAAACAGACCAAAUUUCCCCCGAAGGCUUUCGAAUCAUGUCCUCCCGUUUUGGCGAAUUUGCAGUAUCGCAGAAUUUUCUAAAGACUCCAGAAAUUUCCCCCUUAUUCCUUCAUUCGAAUUCCCAGCCAAGAACCUUGUUCAAUCCCGCCAAUCCGGAUACUCGUUCUUUUCCUCAAUCUCGGUCUGACAAUCCCACUUUCCCCAAUCCAAACCUGACUCCUGCUUAUUGUGCCUUCUGUUCCGAUCCUCAUGAUUCUGCUACCUGUCAGAUCGUCCAAGAUUUCGAUUCUCGUCAGCGGAUUGUUCGUGAGAAUAGGCUCUGCCCUCUUUGUCUCCAACGUGGUCAUAUCGUUGCUAUGUGCUCUCAUUCUUGUUCGAAUUGUAACGGUCGACAUCAUGUUUCUCUCUGUGGUAAAUUGUUUCCCCCGAGCGAGUCCGGAACUCCUGUGAGCCCUACUCCAAAACCCGUGAUCCCUAUUCCAAAUCCAGCACUUUCCCUUCUUCCAAAGUCAAACCCAGUUCAAUCCUCUAUCCCCGAGGUUCCAAUGAGAAGCUUUCGUUUGAAUGGACCCAAAGAAAUUCCGCAAUUGCCUUCCGCUAUCAUUUCACACCCAAUCGUCUCGUCUUCUAUUGCAUUGCACCCUAUCGUAUCGCAACCUAUCGUAUCAGGUUCGGAAAACUCAGUGAUUUCUUUGGUUAAAUCUUCCUCUACUCCCCAAGACUCUCCUCUGAAUUUUGGAAAUCCAUCUGAUCUCGUUAUGGUUCCCCAUGUUUGUCAUCGUAAAUGGCAUCGUAAGAAAAUUGUGGAUCGAGGGCAGGUAUUGCCGCUGGUCAAUAUUGGUUUCACAAAUCUUCCUCAGCCCCAUUCCCCCUAUGACAUUCCAUCCGAAACUCUCUCCUCUUCCCCAUCUCGCUCUGGAUGUAAUUUUCUGUUGAAUCAACUACCGAUGGAACAACGCACCCAAUGCAAAUUCAAAUUGAUAGACCUGGAACUUUCACAUGGACAGCCAUUCGAAGAUGAAUACCCGGACUCCCUCAUGGUGUGCUCUUGCCCUGAUGUACCCAAUCCGAACCCUCCAGCCACAGAAGAACCCUAUCGAUGUCAACCCAUGGUCAAGAAAAGAAGAGGAAAAGUGGGCAUGUUGGCGACUUCACUGAAACCGCCAAUCAUUUUCCACGAAUUUGCAUAG